CUGGAGACCCCGUGUCCUUCACCACCCAAGAGUCCUACUUGGAUGGUCCUGAGAACGGCGUCGUUAGGUUCACUCGCCCCGACACGGCUCUGGUACUGCCAUCAUGGGAGGCUGCACGCCAGGGCUCAGUGAGCUUCAAAAUGCGUACAACUGAGCCCAAUGGCCUACUCAUGUUUAACUCAGGCUUCAAGGCUGAUCAGGGUGAUUUCUUUGCUUUGGAAUUGCUGGAGGGCCAUUUAUACCUGCACUUAAACCUUGGGUCUGGAUCACGUCGGGUUAAGGCUACAAACCGAAGGGUGGAUGAUGGCUGGUGGCAUGAAGUCACACUGAACAGGGAUGCCCAGGCAGGCAGAAUUACUGUUGAUGAGGGUGCUAAUGACUUCACUACACCAGGAGAGUCUCACCGCCUGGACCUGGAUGGUGCCCUUUAUGUAGGGGGUGUGAACACAGGAGUAGUGGUGCCGCCGGAGCUCUGGACUGGAAGGCUCGGCUUGGGCUAUGUCGGCUGCUUAAGAGACUUGGUUAUCAAUGGGCUGCCAGCAGACCUUGCAUCAUAUGCCAAGAAACAAGAUUCUGGUUCGAUUGUCAGCUUUUGCCAUAGUGAUGGAGGGUCAUGCUCAUCAUCACCUUGUAUGCACGGGGGCACCUGCAAGGAGGGCUGGGGGCGUUUCAUCUGUGACUGUUCUCACACUGCUUUUGUUGGCCCUACAUGUGGCAAAGAUGCAGCAACUCUUAGUUUUGAUGGCUCUCAGUUUGUGAAAAUGUUCUCGGAUGAAGAAUCCAACACCCAGGCAGAAGAUAUUACCUUUAGGUUUCGUACUAACCGACCUGUGGGACUUAUGUUUGCUACCACCUCCACUCAAUCCUCAGACAAGCUUGAACUUGCCCUUCAGGCUGGAAAGCUACGCCUUACUGUUAAACUGGGAGACAGAGAUAAGGUGGUUCAUGCUGGCAAUGGCUUAAAUGACCAACAGUGGCAUUCUGUUCGUUUGACUCGCCGAGCUACACAGAUCUCCUUACAAGUAGACAAAGAGGCUCCUACACUCGAUCACACAAUGGGCCGACAUAGUAUCCUUCAGUAUCGGGACAUUCACAUAGGAAUGACCAGUAAUGAUUCAGCUACCAAUUGGAGGUCAUUUCCUUCACCUGCUUCCACUGCAUCAGCAUCUCCACUUCCUUCUUCUGUGUCUACUGAUUCAGCUUCUACUAAUCAGGGCUUCAUCCCACCAUUCAUAGGACAAAUGCAAAGUUUUUACAUCAACGGAAACUACAUCUUUGAAAUGGCACGUGCUGGUCAUUUGAACAAGAUGGAGGUGACAGCUGUGUUUGGGAGGGGAGCCCAGGUUGUCCAUCAUCCAGUCACAUUUAAGUCCAGGACAGCCUAUGUAGCACUCCCACAGCUUAAGGCCUAUGCUUCUACAAAUAUCUACUUCCAGUUCAAGACCCUUCAACCAUCAGGACUUCUUAUGUACAAUGGAGGAAAAGGUCAUGAUUUUCUGGCCCUGGAACUUGUCAAUGGUCAUGUUCACUUGAUUUUUAACUUGGGUGACCGACCUGUUAGAGUGCGGGACAACAAUAAGAUGGCUCUCAACGACAACAAAUGGCAUGUAGUGACUGUAAGUCGUCCUUCGUCCCUCCAGCACACUCUUAUGGUUGAUGACAACAUUGCAACUGUCACUAAUGGUGGGAGUAGUGACAACUUGGACCUUCAAGGCUUUCUUUACCUUGGUGGCGUUCCUCCGGAGAUGUACACAAGGUUGCCUCGCCAUGUUGUAUCACGAUCUGGUUUUGAGGGAUGUAUGGCAUCACUUGACCUCAAUGGUGAAGCACCAGACCCUGCUGGAAAGGAUGUUCCUAUUAUGGCCAAUCAUGUGUACCCAGGCUGUGAAGGCCCCAGCACCAAGUGUCAUAGGAAUGCAUGUGCUAAUGGCGGUACAUGUGUUCAGCAGUGGAAUUCAUAUUCUUGCAACUGUGAUAUGACAUCCUUUACCGGCCCCACCUGCUCUGAUGAAUCAACAUCAUAUGAAUUUGGUCGUGGAACGGGUCUGCUGACCUUUGAGUACCCUGAUGGUCGCUGGCCAGACUCCCGCAGAGACCUAUUGGCUCUUGGUUUCAUGACUCAACAGGAUGAUGCUGUGGUCUUACGACUUGACUCUGCCAAUUCCAAUGACUAUAUGGAAUUAGAAAUUGUUGAGGGUAAUAUCUUUGUGGUAUACAACAUGGGUACAGAGGACCAUCCUAUUGGUGAAGUUAUGUCAAGAGUCAAUGAUGGAUUAUAUCAUGUGGUUCGCUUUAUUCGUUCUGGCCCAAAUGCUACUGUCCAGAUAGAUGAUUAUGAAGUUCGUGAAAAGAAUCCCUCAGAGAAUGUUGAGCAUUCUGACUACAAAGUGUUGAAGAAACUCAGAUCUGGGAUCUGGCAUGGUCACCAGUUGUCUGUAUUCAAUGCUCAGGCACGAUUGCAAGUGGGUGGUCGCAGAACCAAGAGGUCGCCAUCUAUUGAGAGACCCUUCCAGGGUGUUAUGUCUGGCCUGGUUCUGAACGGUGAGCGUCCUCUAGAUUUGGCAGCUGAACGGGAUCCCAGAGUCAAUGUACGGGGAGAUAUUCAUCUCCUCAUGACUCUUCCCCGAGGCCUACCUGCACAAGGAAGCCCAGGGGAGUUCAAUCCCUGGCAACAGGUAAACUUUUCUUUUCUCCCAGGUGAUGAUCUCAUUACACCAGUGUACAUCCCACCAACACUUCCACCUGUGACUAAGCCCCCUGCUAAGCCGCACAUACCUGACCGGGAAGUUGGUGUAGGGGUACGCCCAUGUGACGACGAGGAGGACUGUACCACUGGCUCAGGAUCAGGCGAAUUCAACACUGAAUUUGGAGGGAUAACUGAUAUAGACAAUGGUGAUGACAUGGACCUUGAAUUCCCAGCAACUCACCAUCCAAUGCUCGCUCCAGAUGUAAUUCACUCUGAGGAACGUGACCCGUCAAGCACUGGCUUCGGCCAACCUAAGAAGGAUCCUGGUUCUGGUCCUACCACUUCUACAACAACCACAUCCACUACUACAACCACAACACAAACCCCUAGGACAAGACAACGAACCACCACCACCAUUCCAGUUGCUCCUUCCUCCCGACCUCAAGAACCGCCUGAUACUAAUGAUUAUGAUUACGAUUACAACUUUCCAGCGGUGCAGCCUGACAACAAAAAGAAGUCCAGUGUUAAAGAGGACCCUAUAGACCAGAUUCAUAGUGAAGCUGCUGGAAGUGUUGCUCUUAUUAUCAGUAUCAUUGCAGGAGCUCUCAUUAUUGUUAUACUUAUUGUACUGCUCAUACUCAAAUUUAAGGGCCGUCAGGAUGGUGCUUACAAAGUUGAUGAGAGUAAAAACUAUGAAGGAAUACCUACAAUGCCAACUCCUAUGAUCAAUGGCCAAGGGAAUGGCACUAUAAAGCCAGGUGAUCGAAGGCCUGUAAAGAAACAAAGUAAGGAUGUCAAAGAAUGGUAUGUGUGAAUGUUAAGCAUUUAUAAUGAAGAAUUAUAUCAUGUAAAGUCUCAAAAUUACGACUGUGAUCUCUAUUCUUUUGCAAUACCUCUACAAUGAUAGAAAUAUAUGCCCCCUUUCAGUCUGUGUUAAUAUAUUAGUUCAUGACUGUAAGUCGCUAUCCUAAUUCAAUCAUAAAAAAGAAUAACUAUAAAAAUGUUUUCUACUUGGAAACUACUGUAUUGUAAGUUAAAACUUCAGAGACUAUUUGAUUUAUAAAAAUUAUGAUGUAGUUUAGGUCAUGCAGUGAUGUUUGAAUACCAGUGUUUGUGAAUGUUGCCGCUUCUAUAAGAUCCAAGUUUUUGUAAGUACCUAUUGAUUGAAGGUGCAUAGAUUAGUUAAAAGUGUGAGAUAUAGCAUAAACAUAAGAUUGAAAGUUAGAAUGACUGAGAAAAAAUUUACACAUAUUUCUCUGAAGGAUUAAUUUGAUUUACACUUUCUUUGAACUUACACGUACAGUCGUGGUUGCAAACGUCCAUUGUAGAGCAAGAGUAUUGUUAGUCAUCAGUCUUUACACUGCUGUCAUGACUUCUGUGAUGAAGAGGUUGUGACACAUUCAUUAAAAUCUUUCCUAAACAAAUCUCUUUCAUGGAGAAGACUGUUAAUGAAAUGAUGUACAAUACUACUCAGCUCUAUGAACACUUAAGAACACUGCUUUGCAAACAUGCGAACAUGAUCAAUGCUUCUCCUCUUAAUAUCUAGCCCUAAUAUUAUAGCACAAAGAGCGAAAGCUGUCGCAACACUAGAUUGGUAUAGAGCCAUGGUGUGCAUGCCUUCGUGUCAAUAUGUUAAUACAUGUAAUACAGAUUGACCCCCAUGUCUCUCUUGUCAGGGUGCUGAUAUGGCUGACAGUAAGCUUCUCUAGUGACUUGUUGCUUGGUGAAGCCAUGUAUGUCAGGCAGCAUCAUACUCUGGUGUCCUGUGCCUGUUUCCUAUGAGGUGGAGUAUAGACUACAUACCUGGAAAUGGAGUUCAGAGCAAUCGUUUGGUUAGCAACCAAAGUCUUAAUCGAGGGAUAUUCCCCUGUAUUUCCAUUUGUUCUCAAAUUUUAUAAUAAUAAUGCUCUGAAUGCCACUUCCCCAUAUUGACUUAAUUAGCAGUGUGAUGGUGUAGGUCAGUGUAGUUAACAAAGUAUAGAAGACAAUGAGGUAGAGAAAUGGGUCUCCGAGAACAAGAUGUACUGUAUUUGAGUAAUUUAAAGGGUUAUGUGGUUAUGUUCAGAUCAUAUAGUUUAAUGUUAGAUGUAGAAUCAAGCUGGUGACAUAUCAUUACCAAUGUGUUAGCAAAUUCUCCGUUGAUAAGAGAUCACAGAAUUCACAAAGUUUGCACUUAGCCUGUUUCUUGUUGGACACUGAAAAGUCCUUUUCCUCAUUUUAACCUUUUAAAGGGAAAUGAAGACAUCACUAUAUGCUUAUGAAUUAUUAUUUAAAAUACACUUAGUAGUUUUCUGGAAGGAAAUAAUUUGUUUUGCUUCAGAAUAAAGUUUAAAUUUAAUUUGAAUAUGAAUAUCAUGGCAUCUAAAUUCCUCAUUAAGUGCCCUUAUGGUGGCCACUGUUCCCUAAGUCUUUUUAGUACAAUAUUUAGUUGUUUUAAGUUCAUUAGUAAUAGUCUCUAGUGGUAUAAAAGAUGUAGAUAAUCAAAAAAAAGAAAGAAUGGUAUAUGGAUGUGUGUUGCUGAAGCCCUUCCAAUGUAAUCAGUAGCAGUAAUAUUCCCCUAAGCUCUUGAUGGCUAACAAUAUCCAUAAGUUUGUAUUUUUGCAUCUUCAUACAAAAUCUUGUAAUGGGACAAGGAAACACAGAAACCUUAGUUGUUUAUCUUACAACUCUUGUAAUAUUGACGCUGGGUAUUUAUUUUUAUGGAAACGUUUGACUUGGAAAACAUAAUACGAAACAGUGCACUUGGGAAUGGAAGUACUGCACAUAAAAUUUUAUUUGUUUUAAACUUCUAUUUAGCCCAAAUUUUCCUGGCAGCUAUCUGAAACUACCUCAAGGUUAUCAGUAUGGUAACGGAUGUUCAGGUAUAUACAAUAUUACUGCAGUAUUGCAUAAACAUGGUAUUAACAUUAGAUCAAAUUGUUAUUUUGUAAUUAAUGAAAGGUUAUCUAUGAAGGAAAAUAUUGUUUUUAAAUAUUUAUUAGAAUUUGGGUAUGAGGACUUAAAAGCAAUUGUCCUUUUAUGCUUGGUGCUCAUUAAAUGAAUAAAUUUACAAUGAUUUUAUUGGUUUAUGAUAACUGAUGUAUAGGCAAUUUAUUUUUUAUAGUAUUUUUCAGAAAUUAUAAUUACAACUUAGCAAAUUAUUGUUUAUGAAACAAUACAGUAUUUUAAUCUUUUAAUAUUGAAUUACAGUACAUGACUGUUUUAAAUUAUUCCUACCUUCAUGGAUAAAACUACAAUUUAAGAUACAGUACUAUAUAUACUUUUGACCAUUAACAAGAUGAGUACUCUAAAAUUUUGAAAGCAAUAUAUAUUUUGUGUUUCCUAACCACAGUAUCAAUGAUAAGGCUACAUGGUGUUUAAAUCAUGUUAUGGCCCAGAAAGGAAUUACAUUACUGUAAGGUAUGGAAGCAUUCUACUUUAAAUUUAAUAUAGCUGGUAUACAUACUUGAUUUUAAAUGUUUAUGAUAACUGAUUUACCAAAUUAUCAUUUGAAUUGGGUUUUAAACAAUUUACAGUUUAUUGUGGGGUAGUUACAGUGGCACACGAUUAUCAAGAAGGAAUGAACUAGUCCAUGUUUGUGAACUAUUAUAUGGGUAUUUUAUCAUUAUAAAUUAAACCAAAUUUAUCAUUUAUUUUACAUAAAUUAUCAUUUGGCUUUGAGAAUCUGAGAAUUCUCAAAUUAUUUUAGAAUUUAUUAUGAGCGGGGUGUGAGAUAUUUUAUGUCAUGGAGUGCUUGAGUCUAUAAUGCAGCUUCUGAACUGUACACAAGCUACCUCCAGAGGACUCUGUUACAACAGCACACACAUCUGCAAAAUAUUUAUCUUGGGCACCCUCCAGCUCCUCAGUGGCUCCUACUCCACCUCACCCAAUCCUCCUCACCAAAUAUUCCUCACCCGAUACUCGUCCAGCAUCCUGGGCGUCAUUGUGUUAGCUGUUGGUUGCAAAGCACUGUUUGAAAACUUUGCACUAAUUGCUUUAAUAUAUGUGAAGGUUAAAGCUGUUGUCUAUUGUGAAAGGUAGGAUAAUAUUGUAUUUGUUAUGAGUUAAAUCACUCAUUAAGGUUAGGAAAAUGUUGCGAUAUUAAAAGUAUCAUAAUAAAAUAUUAUAUCUUUGCAGGAGUUUAUGUUUAGUGUUGACAUAUUUGUAUAUCUUCAUUUCCCAUCACCCCUAAAAAUGAUCCCAAUUCUGAAUUUUGUUAAUUGGUACAUCAUUUAUUGUUUAAUAAAAAUGAAAGUUCAGUGUAUAUAGGAGUUCUAACAUUACAUAUGUUAGAUGACA